GUGUACAUUUGCUUGUGUGUAUGUGUGUGAGUGUGCGUGUGUGCGUGUCUGAAUGCGAAACAAGUUGAUAUUAUUUUUAAUUUUCCCCAAAACAUAUUUGAAUUAAGCUUCGGAAGGAAGUGAGCCGGGUCUACGGUGAGUGAGGCAUAUUUCACCCUGAGGAAAAGUAACAGACUUUCCACAACAACGGAGACUCAAAUGAACUCGAAAAUACCAAGUUUGCUACGUACGUUUGAAAACAAGCCACAUCUACGCAGUUUAACAAAUUUCGGUGUAUCGUUUUUUUAUCGACACAAGCUAAGUUGAAGCUCGCGCUGUUGUUUUUUUAAAUUUUGUGGUUGGCAGUUUGCAGUCUGGCGUGCCUUCUUUUUAAAUGUGUAAAGUCGCUCAUGUUAGCUUAAUGAAGUUGUAACCGUCGCAUAAGACACGGUAAUAAUAUUGUAGGGGAUAAGCCAUAAGCUACUCAGAAGAAAAAUGCUAAAGACGCUGACGAAGAAGCUAAGAAGACAUUCACUCAAUGAGAUACAUCCUUUCCAACUGAAGAUUUCUUAUCAUGGCAGUGGAGAAGGAGGGGAGAGUGAUGACUCAGAGGGGGAGAACCAGGAGCUUGCACAGAUUGACAGAGAGAGACGGAGAAAUUGUGCCCUCACCCCCUUGGCCACCAGCCAGCAGCACAACCAGGGUCCCCUCUCUCCAGCACGGUUACGACGCCUUCGCCUCCUUUUAGAUGCCAAUCUUGAUCGCCAUUCUUCAGAGGAAGAGCUGGAACGAAUCAGCUGCGGUGACAACAGGAAGUGGGUGUCAGCGCUUCCCCAGCGAAAUGGCGAUCACCACAGCAGCGCCUCCAGUGAUGAGGAGGUGCGGGACCUCUGUGGCUGUGGCUCACCGGCUGCGUCCACCAGACCGCUGGUCGAGCCGGGUGCUUGCCUGGCGGCUUCCCCCAGCCCUGUACUCUUCAGCUCCAGUCCACCACGUAGCCUCAAGCCACCACCCAUGCGUUUUCAGCUGCAGGUGGUGCAGCCAGUGGCACGGCCUAUUAUUUUGACCCACUUUGACCAGUCAGCACCUUACAGAAAGUAUCGGCACAGUUACAGCGGGGAGCCAGGAAGGCCCAGUCUGGAUCUGGAGAAAAUGCAACAGAAAAUGCUGCUGAAAAAGAACUGCGGAGGGAAAACGCGGACUAUAAAGAUUAGGAAUCUGACAGGCAGUCGUCCUCCGCCCCGGUACACCUACGAUCCCUCCAUCUUCGCCUUCCGCUCCUUGAGUACGGUGCCCCCCUGCAGCCCACUGACCCCGUCCGAGGAUCCUCCCUGCUCAUAAGGAAAUUCAUCCACUUCCAGAUAAUCCUCCCUCCCAUCCCCCUUCUCUUCAUUCCCAGAUGGCUGCUUUUUUUGUGGCUUCUGCAGCGAGACCAAGGAGCAACUGUUAUGAGACUGACUGCUAGAAAGACAUUUGUUUGAUGGUCAAACUAUUGCACACUCAGGUAAUCCCACCCUUCUUCUAAGCUGUCACUUUGAUCAUUGUCCUUCAAAUCAACAAGAACAUUUGGAGAAUAAAAUGGCCUAAACACAACAUUUCUAAAGGAUACUUCAGGUAUUGCAUAGCUGUUUCUGAAAAGGUCUGUGAUUGGAGGAAGAACGAUCAAGAAGCAAACAUGGACCAGAGUUGGUACAAAGGGACAAGGCUGACCAUUCUGAAACCUGAAUUUAAUUCUGGGUUGGAUCAAUAUUUAAUGGAAGUAAUGCAUGUAAGACAAUCAAAUGGUUCCAAGGUUUCUUCCUUUUGAUGUGAUUACUGGACAUCUUGUAAGGUUCUUGAUAACUUUAUAUACUAAACAUGGCAAGGUGAAUCACCUGAUAUCUUGUUAUUGUUGAGAAACAUAGACAGUGGUCACAUUCGUCCGUCUGAAAAUACUACGAUGUGUUAUUGAAUAUGCAGGUCGUGAUGAGCUAUAACAAAACAUGUAUGACAUGUAUGUAGUUGAAUAGUCGACCUUUGACCUUUGACAAUGUACCUUUCUUAAUGAAUGUGUCACUUUUUUUAGUCCAGGUCAGAGUUAAGUACUUGUAUCCUCUUUCCUUGCAUGAAUUCCACUGUUUUUGCAGAAAGAGCGGUAUGUGGAAAUAAGAAAGUAUGAGAAUAGUUUGCUGCACAUUUGGCAAGUGUAAUUGGUGCUGUGUUAUGCAUAGCCUACUUGUAGUGUGCCAUUUUUUUCCAAUAUUGUACCUCAUUACUUUCUAGGUAGAAGAGGACCACUGGUUUAUCAAAGACACCCCAGUGUUUUCUAAAGAUCUCUUAAUGCCUUGAAAUCACAUUCCUGUCGUAUUGAAUGAAACUUGAGGUAGCUCUUCUCAGCUCCUGAAACGAUCAACUGAUUAAACACAAUGUCACCACUGUAACUAAGAUUUCGCCGGAGUGAAUGUAACAUUGUGACAUGUUUUCGUCCAUUGUUGCACUAAACGAAUCAAUAAAUGCCCUGUGGCCUCUUGUUUA